AUGGAGAGCGGCGGGGAUCCCGGGGCAGCGGGGACGGAGGAGCCCCGGGAGGGGUUGGAGGAGCCCCGGGAGGAUGUCCCGGAGGAGCCGUGCGCGGAGCGGUUGGCACGGGGCGCUGCCCGGGCUCUGGCCGUGCCCCCGGAGCGCUGGCGGCGCUGGGCGGGCGGCGCGGCGGGGCCGGCGCUGCGCGGCGCCACCAAAGCGCUUUUCUUCCUGCGGCCGCCCGGAGCCCGCCCCGGCCCCGCCGAGCUGCUGUGCGGGGACCUGCCCGCUGAGCCCCUGCCUCACUUCGCCGUGCUGCUGGAGGAGGUGAUCGUGCCCAUCCUGACGAACAGGAAGAACCAUCAGGGCUGGCCACGAGUGGUGUCACAAGACAUCAUCCAUCAUGUCCACAGCCUGAAAAACACUGUCUUCAAGGUUGUUGGCCAAGUGAAAGGCAAGACCUUGCUGCCUCUUCCAGCUGCCUCGGAGGGAAUUGAGAACAUUGAUCCUAAAAAUGAGAAAUUCUUGGAGCUGAUCAAUAAAUCCCUUGUACAUACCACUGAGUCAGCCAUCAUUGACUGGAGCCAGCAGAUCCAGAGAGUGCUGAAGAAAGAGUCCUCAGAGCCUCUCCUGCAAGGCACCAACCCAACCCCGAAGGUGGAACUGGAGUUCUGGAAGAGCAGGUGUGCUGACCUGGAAGGCAUUUACAGUCAGCUGACAUCCAGGAGGGUCAGCAACAUGCUGCAGGUGCUGCAGAGAGUGCAGAGCAUCUACGUGCCAGCCUUCCAAAACAUGCUCCUGGAUGUGGAGGCAGCUCUGAGCGAAGCUCAGGACAUUGACCUGCACCUGACACCCCUCCAGCAGCCCCUGGAGGACAUAGAGGCUGUUGAGUUCAGCAAGGUGAAGCCUCUCCUGGUCCCCCUGCUGCACGUGGUGUGUUGGAUCUGGGUCACCUCCAAGCACUACAGCGUGCCUGUGAGGAUCGUGGUGCUGCUCCAGGAAAUCUGCAACCUUCUCAUUCAGCAGGCUGUGCUGUACCUGUCUCCAGAAGACCUUCUGAAAGGAGAGAUGGAAGAGAGCCUGGGCAAGGUGCAAACAGUGUUUGACAUCCUGAAUGCCUUCAAAGGGGCGUUUGAGGACAGAAGGGAGAACCUGCACGUGUACUAUGAGCCAGGCCAGGAGGUGAGGAGGUGGCACUUCCACCCCAGGCUGGUGUUUGCAAGGCUGGACAGCUUCCUGCAGAGGCUGGAGAUGGUGAAGGAUCUCCUGACCACGGCCCUGGACCUGACAGAGCUGGAGAAGAUUGAGUUUGGGGGGAUGAAAGGGAAGGCCCUGGGCCAGCAGGUGCUGGACAUGUAUGAGGAGUUCCAGGAGGGCUACCAGGUGUUCUCAGAGCGAACCUACGACUGCCUGGACCUGGCCAACGUGGAGUUUGAGCAGGAUGCCUUGGCCUUCCAGCAGAAGGUGCAGGACAUUGACCGUCGGCUGGCCACGGUGUUCAGCCAGGCCUUCAGCCACGCCCCAGGCCUGGAGCACAUCUUCAAGCUGCUGGCCAUGUUCAGGAACCUUCUGGAGCGGCCAGUGAUGGCUGCAGUUGCUGCUGACAAGGUCCCUGUCGUCCUCAGCAUGUUCAGCACUGCCCUGGACCAGGCCAGGCUCACCUACACCAGGCACACCCAGGCAGGGCUGCAGCUCGGGUUCCCCCCCCUGCACAAGAAUGCCCCUCCCGUGGCUGGAGCACUGGGCUGGGCACGGGAGCUGCAGGCAAGGAUCCAGAGACCCUUGGAGCACCUGAGGAGCAUCCCAUGGCUGAGCUUGGACUCUGCCCGUGGAAGAAGGGUGCUGCAGAAAUAUGAAGAAAUGAUCCAGCUGCUCGACAGGUAUCAGGAAAAGGUGUAUUUAGACUGGUCCCAGACAGUCUCAGAAAAAUCCCAGUACAACCUCACCCAGCCUCUCCUCCGGCGAGAUCCACAGACCAAACUGCUCACGGUCAAUUUUGAUCCCCAGCUGGUGUCCGUGCUGAGGGAGGUGAGCUACCUGUGGGGCAGCGGGGCAGGAGCCAUCCCCCCAGCAGCAGCUGACAUCUACUCCUGCAAGGAAUCCUUCCAGCAGCUGGUGGCCAGCCUGGAGCUCAUGGGGAACAGGUACAACAAGGUCCUGAGGACAGUGCUGGAGGUGGAAUAUCCUCUGGUGCAGGGGCAGCUGCAGGACAUCGACUUGAAGCUGAGAGAGGCAGAAGAAACGCUGACGUGGAAGAUGGAGGGUGUCUGGGCUCACAUCUCCGGGGUGAUGGAUGAUGUGUGUGAUCUGGAGCAGAGGGUGCAGCAAGCCAAGGACAACGUUGAGGAGAUCCACAGCAUCGUGCAGUCGUGGCGGUCACCCGUAUUUGAGAGGAGGGAUUCCAAAAAGGACUCAGUGCUGAGCCUGGAGGAGUGCCAGGAGUGCCUGGAACGGCGCUACAGCCUGGUCAGGGAGUCUGGGCACAGGAUCCACUCCCUGCUGAAGGAAAACCAGAGCCUCCUACUUGCAGACCCAGCCUCUGAUGCCUGGAAGGUGUAUUUGGAUUAUGUGGAUGAGAUAGUCCUGGAUGGAUUCUUCACUGCCAUUGAGUGCUCACUCAAGUACCUCCUGGAGAACACAGACCCCAAGGCAGGGCUCGCUCCCCUGUUUGAGGUGCAGCUGGAUUUGGUGAUCCCAGAUUUGGUGUUUCACCCUCCCUUGGACCCUGGCACCAACGAUGGCUUCUGUGACAUGGUGGAAAAUCUUCUCCAGGGCAUCUUCCACAUCUCCUCGCUGGUGCCCCGGCUGGCCACGCACAGCGGCCUCUGCCACUACCAGGCUGACCUGGAGGCCAUGUCUGACCUGUGUUCAGCUCGCCAGGAGCUGCUGAGCCGUGCAGGUGCAGCGGUGUCCCUGUGCUGCGAGCACCGCGCGGGGCUGGAGCGAUUCUCGCACCUCUUUGGGGAGGACAGGAGGGAGCUGUGCCGCCAGUUCCUGCUCUACGGCCGCGCCCUCACACCCGCAGACCUGCAGGGCCAGCACGGGGUCCCCGAGACGCCACCCACGCUGCAGCAGGUCCGGGAGCACAUGGGCUCCUACGAGCAGCUCUACCAGGAGGUGGCCGACAUGCAGCCCGUCUGCACCUUCCAGGGCUGGCUCAGGCUCGAUGCACGGCCCUUCAGGGCAGCCCUGCUCAAUGAGAUUAAAAGGUGGAGCUUGGUGUUCAAGCAGCACCUCCUGGACCACGUCACGCACAGCUUGGCUGACCUGGACGAGUUCAUCCAAACAACUGAGAAAGGUUUGAGCAGAAAGGUGGAGACAGGUGACUCUGGUGGCUUGGUGGAGGUCAUGGGUCACCUGCUGGCUGUGAAGGAACGUCACAGUGCCACUGAUGCCAUGUUUGAGCCCCUGAAGGAAACCAUUGAGCUGCUGAGGAGCUAUGAGCAGCAGCUGCCUGAAGAAGUCCACCAGCAGCUGGAGGAGCUGCCAGAGAAGUGGAGCCAGGUGAAGAAGCUGGCAGAGGCUGUGAAGCAGCAGGUGGCCCCUCUGCAGGCCAGCGAGGUGACAGCCCUGCGCCAGAGCUGCGCUGCCUUCGACGCCCAGCAGCUGCGGCUGCGCGAGCGCUUCGGCAGGGAAGCGCCCUUCAGGUUUGACACUGAAAAGCCUUAUGAACUGCUGGAUGCAAAGCACAAGGAGAUUAAACAGAUGGAGUCAGCCAUGACCUCAAUUUGUGAAUCAGCUGGUCUGUUUGAAGUCAUGGUGCCAGAGUAUAAACAACUGAAGCAGUGCAGGAAGGAGCUGUGUCUUCUCAAAGAGCUCUGGGACAUGAUCUCCCUGGUGAACAGCAGCCUCCAGGACUGGCAGACCACCAAAUGGGUGGAUAUUAACGUGGAGAGCAUGGAUCUGGAGUGCAAAAGGUUUGCAAGAGAGAUUCGGAAUUUGGAUAAGGAAAUGAGGGCAUGGGAUGCUUUCAGUGGGCUGGACAGCAAGGUGAAGAACAUGCUGACAGCCCUGAAGGCUGUGGCUGAGCUUCAAAAUCCUGCCAUCAGGGAAAGGCACUGGAACCAGCUGAUGCAGGUGACAGGUGUGAGGUUUGUGAUGGACUCGGACACCACCCUGGCUGACCUGCUCAGGCUCAACCUGCAUGAGUUUGAGGGGGAGGUCCAUGGCAUUGUGGACAAAGCAGUGCGAGAGAUGAGCAUGGAGAAGGUGCUGAAGGAGCUGAGGGUCACUUGGAGCUCCAGGGAGUUUCAGUACGAGCCUCACCCCCGCACCAACAUCCCCUUGCUGAAGUCAGAUGAGGAGCUUAUUGAAACUCUAGAAGACAACCAGGUGCAGCUGCAGAAUUUAAUGUCAUCCAAAUGCAUUGCUUUCUUCCUGGAGGAGGUGUGUGCCUGGCAGAGGAAGCUCUCCACCGCUGACUCUGUCAUGGCCCUGUGGUUCGAGGUGCAGCGCACCUGGUCUCACCUGGAGAGCAUUUUCAUAGGCUCGGGAGACAUCCGGGCACAGCUGCCCCAGGACUCCAGACGUUUUGAAGGCAUUGAUGUGGAUUUUAAAGAACUGGCCUAUGAAGUUCAGAAAACCCCAAAUGUAGUUGAAGCCACGAAUAAGCCAGGUCUGUCCCAGCAGCUGGAGGACAUCCAGAGUAGGUUGUCUCUGUGUGAGAAGGCUUUGGCUGAAUAUUUGGACAUGAAAAGGUUGGCCUUUCCCAGAUUUUACUUCAUUUCUUCUGCAGAUUUACUGGAUAUUCUUUCCAACGGCACCAACCCACAUUUGGUGCAGCGUCACCUUUCCAAACUCUUUGACAACUUGGCCAAGCUGAAAUUCCAGGUGGACUCUGAGCAGAAGACAACCAAGGUUGGCCUGGGAAUGUACAGUAGAGAGGAGGAAUAUGUGCAGUUCAGUGAGCCCUGUGACUGCAGUGGGCAGGUGGAGGUGUGGCUCAGCCGCCUGCUGGACACCGUGAGGGCCACGGUGAGGGACGGGAUGAGCGCGGCUGUGGCGGCGUACGAGGACAAGCCCAGGGACCAGUGGCUCUUUGACCACCCUGCCCAGGUGGCUCUCUGCUGCACCCAGAUCUGGUGGACAGCUGAGGUGGGCAUGGCCUUCUCCAGGAUGAAGGAAGGCUAUGAGAAGGCCAUGAAGGAGUACCACAAGAAGCAGGUGGCCCAGCUGAACACACUGGUGACAAUGCUGCUGGGGCAGCUCUCCAAGGGCGACAGGCAGAAGAUCAUGACCAUCUGCACCAUCGACGUGCACGCGCGGGACGUGGUGGCCAAGAUGAUAGCACAGAAGGUGGACAGUGGCCAGGCCUUCCUGUGGCUGUCACAGCUGCGGCACCGCUGGGUGGACGAGGAGCGGCACUGCUGGGCCAGCAUCUGCGACGCCCAGUUCCUGUACAGCUACGAGUACCUGGGCAACACCCCCCGGCUGGUCAUCACCCCCCUGACUGACAGGUGUUACAUCACCCUGACCCAGUCUCUGCACCUGACCAUGAGCGGGGCCCCUGCUGGCCCUGCUGGCACGGGCAAGACAGAGACCACCAAGGACUUGGGCCGUGCCCUGGGCAUCAUGGUGUACGUGUUCAACUGCUCUGAGCAGAUGGACUACAAGUCCUGUGGGAAUAUUUACAAAGGCCUUUCCCAGACAGGAGCCUGGGGCUGUUUUGAUGAAUUUAACAGGAUCUCGGUUGAGGUCCUUUCUGUGGUUGCUGUACAGGUGAAGAGUGUGCAGGAUGCAAUCCGGGAGAAGAAGAAAUCCUUCAAUUUUCUGGGAGAAGACAUUAACCUAGUCCCCUCAGUGGGGAUUUUCAUCACCAUGAACCCUGGUUACGCAGGACGAACCGAGCUACCUGAGAAUUUAAAAGCUCUCUUCAGGCCCUGUGCAAUGGUUGUGCCAGACUUUGAGCUCAUCUGUGAGAUUAUGUUGGUGGCCGAGGGCUUCCUCGAGGCCCGAGCCUUAGCCAGGAAGUUCAUCACGCUCUACCAACUCUGCAAGGAGCUCCUGUCCAAGCAGGAUCACUAUGACUGGGGGCUGCGGGCCAUCAAGUCCGUGCUGGUGGUGGCCGGCUCCCUGAAGCGCGCGGACCCCGAGCGCCCCGAGGAGCAGGUGCUGAUGCGCUCCCUGCGCGACUUCAACAUCCCCAAGAUGGUGACAGAGGAUGUGCCAGUGUUCCUGGGGCUCAUUGGGGACCUGUUCCCUGCUCUGGACGUGCCUCGGAAGCGUGACCUGCAUUUCGAGGCCGUGGUGAAGGAGGCAGUGCUGGAGCUGCAGCUGCAGCCUGAGGACAACUUUGUGCUCAAGGUGGUGCAGCUGGAGGAGCUGCUCAGUGUCCGGCACUCCGUGUUCGUGGUGGGAGCUGCAGGCACAGGCAAGUCCCAGGUGCUCAGGUCCCUGCACAAGAGCUACCAGAGGAUGAAGCGCCGUCCUGUGUGGACAGACCUCAACCCCAAGGCAGUCACCAAUGAUGAACUUUUUGGCAUCAUUAACCCAGCAACGAGGGAGUGGAAAGAUGGACUGUUCUCAUCAAUCAUGAGAGAACUGGCCAACAUCUCACAUGAUGGUCCCAAGUGGAUGGUACUGGAUGGAGAUAUUGAUCCAAUGUGGAUUGAAUCUCUUAACACUGUGAUGGAUGAUAAUAAGGUGCUGACCCUGGCCAGCAACGAGAGGAUCCCCCUGAACCCCAGCAUGAGGCUGCUGUUUGAGAUCAGCCACCUGCACACAGCCACCCCGGCCACCGUGUCCCGGGCAGGGAUCCUGUACAUCAACCCCUCGGAUCUGGGCUGGAAUGCCCCUGUGAGCAGCUGGAUUGACAGGAGAGAGGUGCAGUCUGAGAGAGCCAACCUGACCAUUCUGUUUGACAAGUACCUGCCUGUCUGCCUGGACAGCCUCCGAACCAGAUUUAAGAAGAUCAUUCCUAUUCCUGAGCAGAGCAUGGUUCAGAUGCUGUGUUACCUCCUGGAAUGCCUCCUGACAGAGGACAACACACCUCCUGACUGUCCCAAGGAGCUUUAUGAACUUUACUUUGUCUUUGCUGCUGUCUGGGCCUUUGGUGGGUCCAUGUUCCAGGACCAGCUCGUGGACUACAGAGUGGAGUUCAGCAAGUGGUGGGUGGCAGAGUUCAAGACAAUCAAGUUUCCUUCUCAGGGCACAGUCUUUGACUUUUAUGUUGAUCCAGAAACAAAGAAGUUUGAGCCUUGGUCUAAACUUAUUCCCCAAUUUGAAUUUGAUCCAGAGGUGCCACUGCAGGGCUGCCUGGUGCCCACGGCUCAGAGCGUUUGCCUGCGGUUCCUGGUGGCCGGGCUGCUGCAGCGCCGGCGCCCUGUGCUGCUGGUGGGCACUGCUGGCACGGGCAAGUCUGUGCUGCUGGGGGACACCCUCUGCUCCCUGGACACACAGCUCUUCCUGGUGAAGAAGGUCCCCUUCAACUACUACACCACCUCUGCCAUGCUGCAAGGUGUGCUGGAGAAGCCUCUGGACAAAAAGGCUGGCAGGAACUACGGCCCCCCAGGCAGCAAGAGGCUGGUGUUCUUCAUCGAUGACCUGAACAUGCCGCGGGUGGACGCGUACGGCACCGUGCAGCCCCACACCCUGCUCAGGCAGCACCUGGACUAUGGCCACUGGUACGACAGGAGCAGGCUGUCCCUGAAGGAGAUCAGCAAUGUGCAGUUUGUGUCCUGCAUGAACCCGACUGCUGGGAGCUUCACCAUCAACCCUCGGCUCCAGCGUCACUUCUGUGUCUUCGCUCUCUCCAACCCUGAUCAGGACUCCUUGUCCAGGAUCUACAGCACCAUCCUAGGGCAGCACCUGGCCAGUGGGAAUUUCUCAGAGGCUGUGCAGAAAUCAGCCCAGCAGCUCAUUGCCCUGGCCCUGGGGCUGCAUAGGAAGGUGGCUGCCACUUUCCUGCCAACAGCUGUCAAGUUCCACUACAUCUUCAACCUCAGAGACUUUGCCAAUAUUUUCCAGGGCCUUCUGUUCUCUACCCCUGAAUGUCUGAAGCAGCCCCAGGACCUGGUGAAGCUCUACCUGCACGAGUCCAACCGGGUGUACCGGGAUAGGAUGGUGGAAGAAAUGGAUUGUGAUACUUUUGAUAAAAUGCAGCGGGAGAUGGUGAAGAAAUGCUACAAUGACAUUGAUGACACUUUAGAGCAGGCCAAACACAUGAAUAUUUAUUGCCAUUUUGCCAAAGGCCUCGGGGAACCUGGCUAUAGGCCAGUUCCAAGCUGGGAGGAGCUGAACCAGAUCCUGGUGGAAGCCUUGGACAGCUACAACGAAGUCAAUGCUGCCAUGAACCUGGUGCUGUUUGAGGAUGCCAUGGGCCACGUCUGCCGCAUCAGCCGCAUCCUGGAGGCGCCGCGGGGCCACGCGCUGCUGGUGGGAGUGGGAGGCAGUGGCAAACAGAGCCUGACCCGCCUGGCAGCUUUCCUCAGCAACCUCGAGGUCUUCCAGAUCACCCUGAGGAAAGGCUAUGGCAUCCCUGACCUCAAGGCAGACCUGGCCAGCCUGUACCUGAAGGCUGGGCUGAAGAGUGUGGGCUCUGUGUUCCUGCUGAGUGAUGCACAGCUGGCUGAUGAGCAGUUCCUGGUGCUGGUCAACGACUUCCUGGCAUCAGGGGAAAUCCCAGAUCUCUUCCCUGAUGAUGAAGUGGAAAACAUCACCAGCAGUGUGAGGGGUGAGGUCAGAGCCCGGGGGCUGGUGGAUUCCAGGGAGAAUUGCUGGAGGUUUUUCAUCGAGCGAGUUCGACGGCUGCUGAAGGUCGUGCUGUGCCUGUCCCCCGUGGGCCCCAGGCUGCGGCUCUGCAGCCGCCGUUUCCCAGCCCUGGCGGGCUGCAGCACCAUGGACUGCUUCCAGCCAUGGCCCCGGCAGGCCCUGGAGUCCGUGAGCCGCCGCUUCCUGCGGGACAUGGACACCCUGCAGGAUUCAGUCAAGGAUUCAAUAAGCAAAUUCAUGGCCCACGUCCACAUCAGUGUCAAUGAGAUGUCCCGGCUGUACCUCAGCAACGAGCACCGCUACAACUACACCACCCCCAAGUCCUUCCUGGAGCACAUCAAACUCUACCAGAGCCUGCUGCUGGAAAAGGACAAGGAUUUAAAGGCCAAAAUGGAGCGGCUGGAGAACGGCCUGGAGAAGCUCAAGAGCACUUCUGCACAGGUGGAUGAGCUGAAGGCCAAGCUGGCAGCCCAGGAGGUGGAGCUGAAGCAGAAGAAUGAGGAUGCUGACAGGCUGAUCCAGGUGGUGGGGGUGGAGACGGAGAAGGUGAGCAAGAAGAAGGCGGUGGCUGAUGAGGAGGAGCGGAAGGUGGCUCUCAUCACCCAGGAGGUCGAGCAGAAGCAGAAGGACUGUGAAGAGGACCUGGCCAAGGCUGAGCCUGCCCUGGCAGCUGCCCAGGAUGCUCUCAACACCCUCAACAAGACCAAUCUGACGGAGCUGAGGUCCUUUGGGUCACCUCCUUCUGCUGUCAGCAACGUCACCGCAGCCGUGAUGGUGCUGACGGCCCCGGGAGGGAGGAUCCCCAAGGACAGGAGCUGGAAGGCAGCCAGAGUGGCCAUGGCAAGGGUAGACAGCUUCCUGGACUCCUUGAUCAACUUCAACAAGGAGAACAUCCAUGAGAACUGCCUCAAAGCCCUCCAGCCCUAUUUGCAAGACCCCAAGUUCAACCCCGAGUUCGUGGCCACCAAGUCGUCGUCGGCGGCCGGGCUGUGCUCGUGGGUGCUGAACAUGGCGCGCUUCCACCGCGUGUUCUCCGAGGUGCAGCCCAAGAGACAGGCUCUGGACAGGGCCAACGCUGAGCUGGCAGCAGCCCAGGACAAGCUGGCCACUGUCAAGGCCAAAAUCGCCCGCCUCAACGAGAACCUGAGCAAGCUGACGGCCAGGUUUGAGCAGGCCACGGCAGACAAAGUCAAGUGUCAGCAGCAGGCUGAGGCCACAGCCUGCACCAUCGCCCUGGCCAACCGCCUGGUUGGGGGACUUGCCUCUGAAAACGUGAGAUGGGCUGAGGCUGUGAAGGACUUCAAAGAGCAGCAGAGCACCUUGUGUGGAGACAUCCUGCUGAGCACAGCCUUCGUGUCCUACCUGGGCUACUUCACCAGGAAAUACCGCCAGGACCUCCUGGAGGGCAUCUGGAGGCCCUAUUUGCACCAGCUAAAGUGUCACUGCCCUGCUGCAGGAGGCACCAGUGCUGUUUCCCACAGGUAUCUGGACACACUGGAACAAGCCCUGGCUGCUGGAGACGUGGUUUUGAUUGAGAACCUGGAGGAAUCGGUGGAUCCAGUGCUGGGGCCGUUACUGGGCCGAGAAACAAUCAAGAAAGGCAGGUACAUCAAGAUUGGGGACAAGGAGUGUGCCUUGCACCCUGCCUUCCGUCUGAUCCUGCACACCAAGCUGGCAAACCCUCACUUCCAGCCCGAGCUGCAGGCACAGUGCACCCUCAUCGACUUCUCUGUCACCCGCCACGGCCUCGAGGAGCAGCUGCUGGGGGCUGUGGUGAGCCUGGAGAGGCCAGACCUGGAGGAGCUGAAGUCAGAUCUCACAAAGCAACAGAAUGGAUUCAAGAUCACCUUGAAAACAUUGGAGGACAAUUUGCUCUCUCGGCUGUCGUCAGCAUCUGGGAAUUUCCUGGGAGACACAGCGUUGGUGGAAAACCUGGAGACCACUAAAAGGACAGCUGCAGAGAUUGUGGAGAAGGUGCAGGAGUUUAAGGUGACAGAAGCCAGGAUUAAUGAGGCCAGGGAGCAGUACAGACCUGCAGCCUGCCGUGCUGCCCUGCUCUACUUCACCAUGAACGAGCUCCAUGCCAUCCACCCCAUGUACCAGUUCUCUCUGAAGGCGUUCCAUGGGGUGUUCCAGAAGGCCAUUGAGAGGGCAGCUCCUGCUGACAGCCUGCCAGGGCGGGUGCUGAGCCUCACGGACAGCAUCACCUUCUCCGUGUUCCAGUACACGGCCCGGGGGCUCUUCGAGAGGGACAAACUGACCUUCAGUGCCCAGCUCACCUUCCAGAUCCUUCUGAUGAAUAAAGAAAUCAACCCAGCAGAACUGGAUUUCCUGCUCAGAUACCCAGCACAGCCUGGAGUCACAAGCCCUGUGGAGUUCCUGUCUGACCACUCCUGGGGAGGAAUCAAGGCUCUCUCUUGCAUGGAGGAAUUCAGAAACCUGGAUCGGGAUAUUGAAGGGUCUGCCAAACGGUGGAAGAAGUUUGUGGAGUCGGAGUGUCCCGAGAAGGAGAGGUUCCCGCAGGACUGGAAGAACAAGUCAGCCCUGCAGCGCCUGUGCAUCCUGAGAGCCCUGCGGCCAGACCGUGUCCCCUGCGCCGUCAGAGAUUUUGUAGAAGAAAAGCUGGGCAGCAAAUAUGUGGUGGGGAGAUCCCUGGAUUUUGCAACGACCUUUGAGGAAUCAGGGCCUGCAACCCCGAUGUUUUUUAUCCUGUCCCCAGGAGUGGACCCACUGAAGGAUGUGGAGAAACAUGGGAAGAAGCUGGGCUACACCUUCAACCACAGGAACCUCCACAACAUUUCUCUUGGACAAGGCCAGGAGGUGGUGGCAGAGCAAGCUCUGGAUCUGGCUGCAAAGGAGGGUCACUGGGUCAUCCUUCAGAACAUCCACCUGGUGGCCAAGUGGCUGAGCUGUCUGGAGAAGAAGCUGGAGCAGCUCAGCGAGGGCAGCCACCAGGAUUUCCGCGUGUUCGUCAGCGCGGAGCCGGCGCCGUGCCCCGAGAGCCACAUCAUCCCCCAGGGCAUCCUGGAAAACUCCAUCAAAAUCACCAGCGAGGCCCCCACAGGCAUGCACGCCAACCUGCACAAGGCCCUGGACAACUUCAGCCAGGACACCCUGGAGAUGUGCAGCCAGGAGAAGGAGUUCAGGAGCAUCCUCUUUGCCCUCUGCUAUUUCCACGCGGUGGUGGCGGAGCGGCGCAAGUUCGGCCCCCAGGGCUGGAACCGCCCGUACCCCUUCAGCACCGGGGACCUCACCAUCUCUGUCAGCGUGCUCCACAACUACCUGCAGGCCAGCUCCAAGGUCCCCUACGAUGACCUGCGCUACCUCGUGGGUGAGAUCAUGUAUGGAGGUCACAUCACGGAUGACUGGGACAGGCGGCUCUGCAGAACCUACCUGGAAGAGUUUAUUAAGCCAGAAAUGCUGGAGGGAGAGCUCUGCCUUGCUCCUGGAUUUCCCCUCCCAGGGAACAUGGAUUAUAAUGGCUAUCACCAGUACAUAGACGAUGCCCUGCCUCCAGAGUCUCCCUACCUGUACGGCCUCCACCCCAACGCCGAGAUCGGCUUCCUGACACAGCGCUCGGAGCGGCUCCUGCGCACCGUGCUGGAACUGCAGCCCCGGGACAGCAGCACGGGCCAGGGAGCACUGGGGACCAGGGAGGAGAUGGUGCAAGCCCUUCUGGAAGAGAUGUUAGAGAAGCUCACAGAUGAGUUCAACAUGGCAGAGCUGGUGGCAAAGGUGGAGGAGAGGACGCCCUACGCUGUGGUUGCCCUGCAGGAGUGCGAGCGCAUGAACGCGCUCACGGCCGAACUGCGGCGCUCGCUCACGGAGCUGGAGCUGGGGAUGAAGGGGGAGCUGACCAUGACCAGCGACAUGGAGGCCUUGCAGAACUCCCUUUUCUUGGACACAGUGCCUGAGUCCUGGCUGAAGAGAUCUUACCCUUCCACAGCCAGCCUGGGCUCGUGGUUUGCUGACCUCCUGGCUCGCAUCAGCGAGCUCGAAGCCUGGACCAGGGACUUCUCCUUGCCCUCCACCUUGUGGCUGGGAGGGUUCUUCAACCCCCAGUCCAUCCUGACGGCCGUCAUGCAGACUGCAGCCCGCAAGAACAAGUGGCCCCUGGACAAGAUGACAUUGCAGUGUGAUGUGACAAAGAAGAGCAGAGAGGAUUUCGCCAGUGCUCCUCGUGAGGGGGCCUAUGUGCAUGGUCUGUUCAUGGAGGGAGCACGCUGGGAUGUUCAGGCCGGGACCAUCACGGACGCCAGGCUGCAGGAGCUCACCCCAGCCAUGCCUGUCGUGUUCAUCAAGGCCAUCCCUGGGGACAAGCAGGACAGCAGGGCUCUGUACCCCUGUCCUCUGUACAAAACACGCCACAGAGGCCCAACCUAUGUGUGGACUUUGAACCUCAAAACAAAGGAGAACCCUUCCAAGUGGGUGCUGGCUGGUGUGGCCUUGCUGCUGCAGAUCUAAGGCACCAGCACGGCCCCUGCUCUGCAAAUCCCUCACAGUGCCUUUGUCACACAAUUAAAUGCUGAGAUUAGCCCAAGUUCCAUCUCCCUGAUGGACUCCCAGGUUAUGUAGGCAGGACUGUCUCUGUG